AUGAACCGGGCCUGGGCUGUGUUCAAGGCUCAUCCAUACAUCAGUAACGUCCUGGGAUACACAACGCUGUUUGCCUCUGCUGACCUCAUACAGCAGCGUGUGCUGGGUGGGAAACAAUCUGCAGGAGCCGCAUCAGAAGAUUCGGCUGGCAUCAACUGGUGUCAGACGGCUCGAGUGGCAACUGUCGGCUUUUGUUUCCAUGCCAACUUCAACUACCACUGGCUCCGAGGGCUGGAGAGGAUGCUGCCCGGAGGCAGCGUGAAGGCAGUGAUGGGGAAGGUUGUGGCGGAUCAGCUGAUCGCGGCUCCUCUCACUAUCAGUGCCUUUUAUAUUGGUUUAAGUCUAUUAGAAAACAAAGAAGACCCGCUUGAAGACUGGAAACAGAAAUUCUGGACAUCUUACAAGACUGGAGUGGUAUUUUGGUCAACAAUGCAGGCAGUGAACUUUUCCCUGGUCCCCCCUGUGGCACGGACUGUGUUUCUGGGAGGCAUCGCACUGGCUUUCACUAUCUUCCUGUGUCACCUCAGACAGCAGAGUGGCCACAAACCUGAAUAA